UCAAUGGGACUUGUGUCUUUAGGUUCAUUAUUCCUGUUUCGAAUCGGAAUCCAAUAAGAGGUUUUAUUACUGUAAUUAUAAACUACUCGACGGCUCUUCAAUAUCGAGCACACCUAUUCUAAUUACUACCAUGUACGGCACAGUCAAUAUAGGUUUUAAACAAUUGUCAAACAGUAUUUAACCGUGCAUUGUAUCGGAAAGACUUGGUAUAAGUGAUAUUAGAGGAAACAACUCGGAAAGAUGGCGGAAGGUGGCAGCUGGCAUGAUAAGUCAGAUCAUGAACGCAUCCCCUGUGUCAGUGGCCUUUUGAGUCGUCACUCUCAAAUGGCGGAAGGUGAUCCAUGGCGUGAUAAGGCGGAGCAUGAAGGUAUCCCACGUAACAGCGGCCUUUACAGUCGUCACUCCAUAGUUCAGUGUGAAAAUGCCUCACUAGAGAUGUGCACUCUGAUGAACUGUCUCGGUUAUGGGCCUCACAUCAGACAGGCACGGAGUGACGCCUACAGGGAAUUGGAUAGGCUGUAUAAUGCUCGAAAGCCUUUUAACAUAAUGCAGAUCACUACGGGUAGCAAGGCAGAGGGGCUGACAGGCGUGUAUGAAAGUGACGUAGAUAUGAUGUAUGUUCUAAAAGGCAUCAUGUGUUUAGAAAAUGGUGUUGAUUCUGACAAAUUACCAAGGGAGACUAUUGCGUUUACAUUGAACACCGGCGUGUGCUACCACGGACACUCUAGGCUUAAUUUACUCGAACGACGUGGCGUCAUGAUUCCAUCAAAAAUGCUUGAUUCUCUGUGUGAAGAUGAAAACGGGCGUUUCCUCCUGAGCAGUGCUUUAGUUGUUGAUGCUGUGAACAGUGAAUGGGCAUCUACGCCAAACGAGAUUCGCCAUGAACGUGCAGGGCCAUCAAUGCCGACUUCAAAAGGGCCAUUGCAUACAGACAAUGUCAUUUCUUUACGCUGUCGCUGUCCUGGUAUACUAUCGAGAUGGGCAGAGCGAACUCGCCAUUGGCCACCACCGGAUAUCGUUCACAAAGUCGUAACUAUGGGAUCAUUUGUAACACCUGUUGGUUUUAGGGGUAGUGAAUAUCAACAUUUAGAAUGGAGGAUUUGUUUUAAUACUGGGGAGAAUGAACUUAUGAGCAGUCUUAAUAACACCCAGGUCUACAUUUAUGUUUUAUUGAAAAUGGUUGUUAAGGAUGUGUUAAAGCCAGUAAAGAAAGAAAUUACAUCAUACACAGUGAAAAACAUUAUAUUGUGGAUUGCGGAGAACAAUCCACAGGCACAGUUCAAUGAAAGCAGUUUGUUUUAUUGGCUUCGGGACGGAUUGGAGAAAUUAAGAACGGCAAUAUUAAAGAUCGAACUGCCAUAUUAUAUGAUUCCAGAAAGGAAUCUAAUGGAAGCAUGCGGACUGGAUGAAGGACAAAAAUGUACAUGGGUAAAUACUAUCACGGACAUGAUGAACGAAGGUUCAAAUACAUUACUAAGAUUGCCGAGGAUACGGAAGGCAAUAAUAUCGCAUCCAGAGCCACUGGUGUGGUAUAACAAGAAGAGAAUUGAGAUGGAACUGCUGCACUUGAAGUUCUGGAACAGAGCAAGACAGUGCAAUGAGGAAAAUGAUGUGGUCAAUGGGUCGGAUCCUAUGCUGCAGGCGAUAUCGAGUCGUACAGCUGAGUUAGUGAUAGAGGUCCAUACGAGGAUGAAUAGGGAAGGAAGUCGUUUGAAUGAUCUGACAGAGAUACGUGAAAUGAUGCUUAUAUAAUUGUGUUGUAAAUGCCAGUUAUUCCAUGCAAUGCAUAUUUCCAACAAGGCACUACAGAAUGAAGUUAAUUUAGGGCGUCUUAACAUAGCAUAUAUAUUAUGUGCUCAUGCGUGGUUUGAUAUUUGGUAAUAUCUAUAGUGUUGAGUUUUCCCUUCGACAUUCAUUUAAUUGUUUGGACGUGUAUUAUUGGAUUGUUAAGUUUUGUUUGUUAACUUAAAAAACGGUCCGUACACUUAAAAGUGUUAACAGUCAUUACGUACGGGGUAAAUGUAUAAAUCGGUAACUUUAUAAAAUCAUGCUUUAUUUCAGAUCAAAUUUGUUAAUAAUAACUAUUAAUUGUCACCCAAUCUUAUUUGGAGUGCUCUGAUUUAAUCCAACAAGUGUGCAUACUUAUAGAAUCUCUGUCAUGCGUUGUUUUUUGUUGUACGCACAUUUGUUUGACAUGCGUUUAUAUGUUGUGCUUCUUUUUCCGUUCACAAACGUCCUUGAUGAUGUAACAGAGAAAUUUGGUGCGUAUGUCCGUUAAACCAUUAAGCUAUACAUAUAAAUAUGCACAUGUUAUGUGGAUCGUUAAAUGCAGAGUAUCGAAUAUAAAUGUGUGUUAGUUGAUAUAAAUUACAUCUU